GGGUUGGCCGAUGGGCAUCCACAAUAUGUCUCAUCUGAAGGAGCUUGUGGGUUGUACAAGGUGCUGGUUCCUCUAUGGAGAUGUGGGAUUCCAUAUACGGUGAUGCAAUUUUCAUGCUUUGAGACUAUUGUUGAGUUGUACACCCUAACACUCAAAGACAAGUGCAGCAAGCCUUUUCAACUUGGAGUUUGCUUUCCUGUUAAUUAUAUAGCCAUGAAAGCUAUUCAAAUUGAUUCCACUACAAAAGUAAUUAAAGAAAGAGCUCCCAAAGUUGAAUUUGUGAAGAAGCACAAAGUGAAAUAUGGCAUCAUUGUUUUACUGGGAAAGAAGCGCUCAAUGGAUCGGUUUCCAGUUUUAGUUUUUUUAUUCACACCCCAUGUAAAUGUAUAUAUACUAAAAAUCCAAUUUAGUGGUACAUUAUUUAUUAAUGUUA